CAGCUGCUCACGCACAACAUGCUGAUGGCGCCCGGCACCAAGAACGGGUUCCCGCUCGCCAUCGAGGUGGAGAAGAUGGAGACGGUCGAGUCGGAGUUCCGCUCCGAGUUCACCGCACGGAUGGUGCAAAAGCCCGUCACGCAGGUGGAGUACGGCGCGCUGCUGCAGACGCUGGCGGGGCUGGGGAUGGACGGCACGCUGCCGCCAGCGGUGCCCGACUCGUACGAGAGCAACGAGGAGUUUCUGCGCGCGCUGCACCACGUGCUCAUGGAGGCGCGUCGCGUGAUCGACGGUACGCUCGUCUGCCCAGAGACAGGGAAGCGCUUCCCGAUUAAGGACGGCAUACCGUCCAUGUUG